UGCCACAUCUUCGUCUGACUUCCACACGCUGGGGCCAUGUCGCGACUCAGCUGGGGAUACGACGAACACAACGGUCCCAUUCAUUGGAAUGAAUUUUUCCCUAUUGCUGAUGGGGAUCAGCAAUCUCCAAUUGAGAUUAAAACCAAAGAAGUGAAAUAUGACUCUUCCCUUCGACCUCUUAGUAUCAAGUAUGAUGCAAGCUCAGCUAAAAUCAUCAGUAACAGUGGCCAUUCCUUCAACGUUGACUUUGAUGACACAGAGGACAAAUCAGUUCUGCGUGGAGGUCCCCUGACCGGAAGCUACAGGUUAAGACAGUUUCACCUGCACUGGGGGUCUGCGGAUGAUCACGGCUCUGAGCACGUGGUGGACGGAGUGAGAUAUGCUGCUGAGCUCCAUGUUGUUCACUGGAAUUCAGACAAAUACCCUGGUUUUGUUGAAGCAGCUCAUGAGCCAGAUGGACUAGCUGUCUUGGGAGUAUUUUUACAGAUUGGUGAGCAUAAUUCUCAAUUGCAAAAGAUUACUGACAUUUUGGAUUCCAUUAAAGAAAAGGGUAAACAAACCCGAUUCACAAAUUUUGAUCCAAUAUCUCUGCUUCCCUCAUCCUGGGACUACUGGACAUACCCUGGUUCUCUUACAGUCCCACCGCUUCUAGAGAGUGUCACAUGGAUUGUUUUAAAACAUCCUAUAAAUAUCAGCUCUCAACAGCUGGCCACGUUCCGCAGCCUCCUGUGCACAGCAGAGGGGGAAGCAGCAGCCUUUCUGUUGAGUAAUCACCGUCCACCACAGCCUCUGAAGGGCCGGAAAGUGAGAGCCUCUUUCUAUUAACAGUUAUCACCAGUGGACCACCCCAAACAUGUCUGAAGAGAGAAACCAAAAGAAAACACAAAAAUUCCUACUAACUGCUUAUUCAAAAAUCCUAAUUUACAGGAAACCAUUUUGCUAUCAGCUUCAGCACCACGAAGAAAAUAAGAUCUCUUUAAUAACUAAUUUAACUCAUCGAGCUCAGAUUUGCACUCAUCGGUAUUCAUUCAAGCAGUGAUCAUUAUUCAGCGUGUAUGGAAACCCAUGAAAUGUGUCUUCUUCAGCCUGCCUGAAAGCAUGGCUGGCAUGGCAAACUUGCAGUGUAUUAACAAUUUUCCCUUGUGGUAGAGACUGAUCAGUCUCCUCUCUCAGUGAUGUUUGGUGAAAGACUGAAAUUCAUUUAUAGAAUGGAAGAUUGUGGUAUCUUUUUCUAAGUAGGUGAUUCUCUUUAAGGUCUUUAUAUCAUUCUAAUACAUACAUUCUAAAACAGACACUAUUUUCUUUUAAAGUGAAUUUGUGUUUUUAUUUUGUUGCUAAUUCUUAUUGCACCCCUUUCAUAAAAUGAACAGUAAGGGUUUAUGGGGGUGGGGUGAGAUUUAGCUACUUAGUGUAUCUAACUCCACAGCUCAAAAAAGGCCAUGCAAUUUUGUGGAAGAAUUCCUUCAGACGUAAGUGGCUAUUUAAGCUUUAAUGAGUCAUGCUGUCUAUCACAUUCUCUCAAUAAUAUUAAUGAUAAUCUGGCUAAUAAUUGACCAGAUGCAGCGCUUGCCAAUUUGUGGCAUUAACAUGGUUUGAAAUAAACAGAUCACCAGGUACCAGUGCAGGGCUUAAGGGGAUGAUGAAUGGAUUGUCAACUUUUGCCCUGUGUUUUGGCCAAGGAUGGACCAGCAGUCCUGUGCAGAUGGUUGUUCUGUUACCUAGUGGAAGAUAUUACUUCAGUCUCUCAAAUAUACUGUCAGUCCACAAACCCUUCAGCCACUGCUGCGAUAAAGCCCUUUCUCCCUUAACACACAUUUCUCUUAGGGAAUUUUGUGAGAUGAGUCUAAAUACCCAUUUUAACUCAUUAUCUUAUGUAUAUUUUUGUUUGUUCACUUUUGGUGAAGGAGGUUGGGGGAAGGGUCAUUUUGCUCUUGGUGUCAAUGGAGCGACACCAAGGAUUAGCUUAAUAACCACAUCUAAGGCAAACAUAUACUAGACUUCUUUUAUUUUCUGAGAGAAGUUUAACUGAAUUUCCCUGAUUUUGAUGACUUGUUUCAGACACCUUUCUUCCUCUGGACAUAGCUUUUAAUCAUUGAAUUUAUUCUAUAAUCGUCUUGACAGGAUAGCUGAGCAUCAGUAAACUGUGUAAUGAUCAUGUGCAUGGUUGCAUAAAAGAGGUUUCUGAAAGCUAAAAGCUGAUACCUUGGCGAUGUCUGUUUUCUCCUCAUAGUAUCUAACUUGAAUCUUUGCAGGUGAUUGACAUGUGGUAAAUAUUUAAUGAAUUGAAUACUUAAAAGAUAUAUUUGAUCUUUGGUAAUUAUCUAGCUUCUGUGUACUAUAUAAGUUAAUGUGUAACAAGUAAAAUAUAAGUUAUCUCUUGAAAAUUGUGUCUUCAUAAAGGAAAACCCUAUUAAUUCUUGUAUAACCAAAUGUUUUAAUCAUUUUAAAAUGCCCAGAUUUGAAUGGGAGGCCUUUCUUUAGUUUGGAAAGAUGUAUAUCAUCUUAGUCAGGGAAAGAAGUACGUUUUCUCAGAGAAAGUAAGUCUUGUUAUCCCGAGGGGCAUGAGAAGGGGGUUGUAAUUACUGUGUAUGAAAGUUACCACUCUGUAACUCACAGUUUUGGCUACAGUGUUGUACUGGUUUUAUGCUAUAAAGUGGACUCCAGUAGACCAAAAAAAAAAAAAA